UCCAGCGAGCACCAGCUGCUCGGCACUCCGGGCUCCGCUGCUCCGCUCCGCGCCCCGCCGGCCUCCCCGCCGCUCCAACUUUUGCACCCUCUGCUCCCUCAUCCCCUGCUCCUGCCCCCGGAGCUGGGAAGGAACAGACAGAAGCGGAGAGGGGGGGGAAAAAAAAAAAAAAAAAGGCACCGACAAUAACAGCCCCCCCUCCCCCUCCCCAUUCAAAAACACAACAUAAACCCCAGGGAUAGAUGAACUACAAAUGAGAAAGAGGAAAAGAUGGAACUGCACAUCCUAGAGCACAGGCUCAGAGUGGCCAGCAUAGCCAAGGAGAGCAUCCAGUUGUUUACCUAUGGAUUAAUCAAACUUGCUUUCCUGUCCUCUAAGACGAGGUGCAAGUUCUUCAGCCUCACAGAAACCCCUGAGGACUACACCAUCAUUGUGGAUGAAGAGGGCUUCCUAGCAGCAGCAGCAUGUUUGCAGAGGCUCGUGCUUGGACAUGCAGCUGAGCUUCCUUCCUCGGAACACUUGAGUGUGGCCGAUGCAACAUGGCUUGCCCUCAACGUGGUGUCGGGUGGAGGCAGUUUCUCCAGCUCCCAGCCCAUCGGAGUGACCAAAAUUGCCAAGUCAGUCAUAGCACCCCUAGCUGACCAAAACAUCUCGGUGUUUAUGCUCUCCACCUAUCAGACGGACUUCAUCCUGGUGCGUGAGCGAGACCUGCCCUUCGUGAUGCACACGCUGGCUGCCGAGUUCACCAUCCUCAGAGUAGUGAAUGGGGAGACAGUGGCUGCCGAUGACUUUGGGGUAACAAAUGGAUUUGUCAAACCAAAACUAGUUCAGAGGCCUGUCAUUCAUCCUCUUUCCAGCCCAAGUAAUAUGUUCUGCGUCACCAGCCUGGAUCCAGAUACCCUUCCCACUGUUGCUACACUCCUCAUGGAUGUCAUGUUUUACUCCAAUGGAGUAAAAGACUCAGUGGUGGGCAACGAAGACUCGGGACACAUUCGCUUUUUCUCCUUUUCUCUCAUUGAGGGUUACAUCUCCCUGGUCAUGGAUGUCCAGACGCAGCAGAGAUUUCCUAAUAAUUUGUUGUUUACAAGUGCAUCUGGUGAGCUCUGGAAGAUGGUGCGGAUUGGUGGGCAGCCUCUUGGCUUUGAUGAAUGUGGAAUUGUCGCUCAGAUUUCUGAGCCUUUGGCCGCAGCCGACAUCCCAGCCUACUACAUCAGUACUUUUAAGUUUGAUCACGCCUUGGUACCUGAAGAAAAUAUAAAUGGUGUGGUCAAUGCACUCCAAGUCAGUCAAGCUGAAAAGCAUUAGAAAUCUUCUGAGCUGGUUCCAGAUGCUUUUUAUUAUUCUAAUAAUAAUAAUAAUUAUUAUUAUUAUUCUUUUUUUCUCACAGUAUUUCUUGAAAAAUCUGAUUACAGAGAGUGACAUGAAAAGAGACUGUGGAAAGUUGAGCAGAAACAGCUCCAAUAAGCCUUUGUUUUAAUUAUUAUUAUUAUUAUUGUUAUUAUUAUUAUUAUUAUUGUUAUUUUAUUAAAUUUAUGAAUGAGGGGCAGGAGGAAAGGGAGUUUGUAUGGUUUCCUGAUGUUCAGCUCCAAGGUGAAGUGAAGUCUGGCUGUGUUCAGUGUGGAAGGAGCUGCCUGGGGACACCCAGGGACGCCCAGGGACACCCAGCACGGAUGGCCCUGGGCACAGGCUGCUGGCUCAGAGAGCCCUGAAAACCAGAAACAAAGUGAAAUAUGGAAUUAAACGGAAAAGACGUCUCAUA